GACAAUCUUCACAUCCUACCAACUGGAGGAACUGGAAAAGGCCUUCAACGAGGCCCACUAUCCUGACGUAUACGCUAGAGAGAUGUUGGCCAUGAAAACAGAGUUGCCAGAAGACAGGAUACAGGUUUGGUUCCAGAACCGCCGGGCCAAGUGGCGGAAGAGGGAGAAGUGCUGGGGCAGGAGCAGUGUGAUGGCUGAAUAUGGGCUCUACGGUGCCAUGGUGCGUCACUCCAUCCCACUGCCCGAAUCCAUCCUCAAGUCUGCCAAGGACGGCAUCAUGGAGUCCUGCGCCCCAUGGCUCCUGGGGAUGCACAAAAAGUCUCUGGAAGCAGCAGCUGAGGCGGGGAGGAAGACGGAGGUGGAACGCCAGGCCCUGCCCAAGCUUGACAAAGGUGACAAGGAAGAGAGGGGCCCAGAUCCCAAAACCACCAUUUCCCAGGAGGAACUGAGAGAAAACAGCAUUGCUGCCCUCAGGGCCAAAGCUCAGGAGCACAGCACCAAAGUCCUGGGGACCAUCGCCGGGGACACCCCGGCCCCAGGCAGGAAGACGGAGGCAGGGGAGGAUGCAGCAGUGGAGGAUGAGAGACAGACGGAGAAGUCAAAUUCGUCGCAGAAGGAGGAGAAGCUGAUCUAG